UGUUGUGUUUGUGUUUUAUUAUCGCCUGCAGAAGUGCAAAGUUCUUUUAAUUGCAAACUUCAGAGUUACAAUGAAAUUACAAGAUGUGGAAAAGUGUGCACCCAGCAGUGAUUGGAAUGUGCUUUAUUGGGUGCUUGGCAGUAUUCUAAUGCCCAUCGCCUUACCACUGGCCAUAAUUAAUUUGUUGCAACGUUUUCGCGCCAAGAAAUACCGUAAUCAGUUGCCGGGCAAGGUUGUGCUUAUUACGGGCGCCAGUUCUGGUCUGGGCGAGUCCCUUGCCCAUGUCUUCUAUCGCGCAGGCUGCAAGGUGAUCCUAGCUGCCCGUCGCAUCCAGGAGCUGGAGCGUGUAAAGAAGGAUCUUCUGGCACUAGAUGUGGAUCCCGCAUAUCCGCCCACGGUUUUGGCCUUGGAUCUGGCUGAACUUAAUUCGAUACCCGAUUUUGUUAAGCGCGCCCUGGCUGUCUAUAAUCAAGUCGAUAUACUGAUUAAUAAUGGUGGCAUUGGCGUGCGUGCGGAUGUUGCCUCUACAGCGGUUGAUGUGGAUCUUAAGGUGAUGUUGGUUAACUAUUUCGGCACCGUGGCGUUGACAAAAGCCCUAUUGCCUUCUAUGGUCAAACGUCGAAGUGGUCACUUUUGUUUCAUAAGUUCGGUGCAGGGAAAGUUUGCCAUACCGCAACGUGCCGCUUACUCUGCCUCCAAGCAUGCAAUACAGGCCUUUGCCGACUCACUACGUGCUGAGGUGGCCAGCAAAAAUAUCGAUGUAUCCUGCGUGAGUCCUGGUUAUAUACGCACACAGCUCUCGAUGAAUGCUCUGACAGGAGCGGGCAGCAACUAUGGCAAAAUGGAUGAAGCUACGGCAAAGGGCAUGUUGCCUUCGAAGCUGGCGGAGCGCAUAUUGCAAUGCAUCCUGCGCAGGGAACCCGACAUAAUUGUCAGCGAUUGUCAGGCCAAGAUUGCCUACUAUUUGCGUCAUUUGUUACCUUCCGUAUACUUUUGGAUUAUGGCUAAACGCGCAUUGAAAUUGGAAAAGGCCGCCAAGAAAGCUAAUUAAAUCAGAAGUUUGUCAUUAAGUUUUUAGUUUCGUUUUUUUUAUUGUUAUUUGAAUUUUGCUUGAAAUGAAAAAAUUAUAAAAUAUCGUGAUGCGUGUGCAAUGUGUUAAAAAAUUAGUUAUAUUUUCAUAAUAUCGCUUUGUAAUGAUAAUAUUAAUAAAUUAAAUAAUUAGUGUAAUCAUACCAUUAAUGUUAAGUACAACUUAAGUGUCACACAUUUGCUCUCUAUUUUCUGUUCGCAACUUAUAAUACGAUUUACCAAUUAUUGUUCUUAAAUUAUGCUUGUUUACAUUUACGGCUUUUGCAUUUAAACGCCUUAUUAAUUGACGACAGAAAUACUUUUCAUUCGUGAUACGAUCUUUGACAACAUUUAUUAACUAGGGGGGACCGGAUCUCUGCGAGGGGCUUUUAAUAUGUAUUCUUUAAAUUCAUUUAGCUAAAUUAUAAAAAUAUUCGUUAUCAAUUCAGUGAAGUGGGUGCAAAAACCUGUAUAAAAAAAAAUUACAUAAAAAAAAUAAUUACAAUUGAGGUACACACACAGAU